AUGAGAGAGCAGCUGAAGUUCAUCGUGGAGCAGCUCAACAAGGAGCCGUUCAAGAAAAGCUUCAACCUCAUCACGUUCGACUGUCUGGAACCGAUGCAGCUGCAGCAGAUCUUAAACGAUGUCCUGGCGGAAAUAGACCCGAAGCAAUCCAUGGAUUUACGGGAAGAAUUGCCUGAACAAACUGUGAAGAGAAUGUGUGCUCUGCUGGGAAUGAUGAAGUACAGACCUCCUGGCAACUUCUCAGAUGUGAGCGCCUUCAGACAGGGUCUGGUGACUGGCAGCAAGCCUGUGGUCCACCCCAUCCUCCACUGGCUGCUACAGAGGGUCCCCGAGCUGAAGAAGAGGGCCUACCUGGCUCGCUAUCUCGUCAAACUGGAGGUGCCUGCAGAGUUUUUGCAGGACGAUGUCAUCAAUGACACAAAUCACCAGUAUGAAGAGCUGGUUGAAGGAUUUAAGACAUAUCACAAGGAGUGUGAACAGCUGAGGACUUCAGGAUUCUCCACAGCAGAAAUCAGAAAGGACAUUGGUGCAAUGGAGGAAGAGAAGGACCAACUAAUCAAACGUGUGGAGAGGCUGAAGAAGAGGGUGGAGUCAGUGUCCAACCACCAGCGGAUGCUGGACCAAGCCAGACAGCUGCGAGUGGAGAAUGAGAGAGAGGAUUCACUGACGCACCAGAAGCUAGAACAGAAGAACCAAUUGUUCCAGACAGAGCAGAGGCUGCAGAGAUCCCAGCAGCAGUUGAAGGAUUUGCAACAGGCAGCAGCAGAUGCCAAUCCAGAGAGUUUAAUGAAGAGGCUUGAAGAGGAGAUCAAGAUCAACUCCUACAUGGUCUCUGAGAAGCUCCCCAAAGAGCUGGAGCGUAUGAGGGUCAGUGUGCAGUACCUUCAGAAGGUGGCUUCAGAGCCUGCCAUGGGCCAGGCUGACCUCCAGGAGCUGGAGGACAAGAUUAAAGAAGUCGAUUCCCAGAUAAACCAACUGAUUGAGAAGAGGAUGAUGAGAAAUGACCCCAUGGACGACAAACUGACCCUUUUCAGGCAACAGGCAUCCAUCAUCAUUCGUAGGAAGGAGUCGAAGGCAGAGGAGCUUCAGGAAGCGAGGGAGGAGUUGGCUGCGGCAGAGAGGGAGCUGAGGCAGAGGGGCAGCCAGGCACAAGUCUCAGAGGGGGAGGAGGUCGUCCGGGGUGAUGAGCUGAAACGAUUGGUGGUGAAACUGCGGAGCAAGGGAACCGUGUUCAAGAAGAAACGGCAGGAAAUUGCUGAGAUGAAAGCAGAGUAUGGAGUCCUGCAACGGACAGAGGAGAUUCUCAAGCAGAGACAUGAGACGGUUCAACAAAAACUGCAAACGAUGGAAGCUGAGAAAGGAAUCUCUGGCUACAGUAAUACUCAGGAGGAACUGGAGAGGGUGUCUGCUAUCAAGAGCGAGCUAGACGAAAAGAAGGGCCGCACACUGGACGACAUGUCAGAAAUGGUGAAGAAAUUAAACUCCAUGAUAGUGGAGAAGAAGUCCGCUCUCGCUCCGAUCAUAAAAGAACUGAGGUCACUGAGACAACGGUGUCAGGAGAUAAACCAGGAAUAUGAGGAAAAGAAGGUGCAAUAUGAAAGUUGUGCUGUUGGUCUGGAGAGCAACAGAUCUAAACUGGAGCAGGAGGUGAAAGCAUUGAGAGAGGAGACGGCACAAGAAGAAAACCAGUAUCAUUAUAUCAACUCCAUGUCAGAGAUCAAUGAGACGCAAUUACAGCGGGCGGCUGAAGAGAUGAAGGCCUAUGUGUCAUCAGACCCGUUAGAGAGGAAGAAGACCAUCAGGGAGGCAUACAUGAAGAACAUUUCAGAACAGGAGUUACUUGGAAAGAAGUUACGUGAGAAGCAGAAGAUGGUGAGGGAGAGCCACAGUGCCAACAUGGAGCAGAUGAAAUUGUGGCGGGACUUGGAGCAGCUGAUGGAGUGCAAGAGGCAGUGCUUCAUACGAGCUCAGAGCCAGGCUUCUAUUGGUCAAGUCAUCCAGGAGGGAGGAGAGGAUAGGCUAGUGUUGUAAGGGCAUGUCAAGGCAGAGGUCAACUACAGGUCACCUAGGGUACAAUCAUUACAACGAGUUCAAGUUAUUCUUCUAAACUCUCCAAUAUCAUGUCUAAUCAUUUUUAUAAUAUAGGGUUGUUACAUGUAAACUCUUAGUGGACGCUAUAGUACAUUCAGAUAACUGGUUAAUUGUGUCCAUAGGGUUAAUUUCCCCUCCAUCUUGUCUGUUACACGCUGCCACUUUCCCUUGAUAGUUUAUCUCUUGUAACCAGUAACUCCUGGCGAUGACACAGUUUGAGGUGCUUUGAGAAUCCACAACUUAAAGAAACCCCCAUGUAUGAGGAGGUGUUGCCAGACGAGCAUUUUCACUUUCUCUGACCCACUGGAGACACAUCUUUAAGAAUACACUUUCAAUCAAAGUGUUCAGAGAUAACACCAUACUAAGUGGGGCACUUGGGAUAUGGCCCCAGUCAGCUAUUAUUGGCAACAACGACCAUGACCUUGGACAGAAUAUCUUGGCAGCUUUGGAAUUCACUGGGAGGGUGCAGAAGAAAUAGUCAUUUGUUUCUAUUUUGUGUAAU